GUGAAGGGCCGUUAUUUCCUGCAGGGUAGUGUCCUCCUUUUGCUUGCUUCACAAACAAAACCCGGAUGUGACUUGGAAACGAAAAAAAAAAAGGAACAAAAAGUAAAACUUUUGUUGUUUCUCCAGGAAAGUGGAAGUGGGCUAGCUCAGCUCCAACCUUGGGCCCCAGCCCAGGCCGGUCCCCCGCGGAAGUGGCAGGGUGGGGAGCCGAAGAGCGGCAUCCCGCGGGAGAGCGCACGGCCUCACUACUUCGGCCGCCCCGCAAACUGAACCCUCUCUGGACUCACUGGGGCAGGCCUCCCGGGGUAGUGGGGACCUGAGAAAGAGCCCAGGGCUUUUAAGACCGUGGGACGCUAGGCAGGGCUGGCGUUAGAGGACGUCGUCGGGGCGCUGGGGACCACGGCCCGGGGAGGCAGUCACCUCCUGCGCAGGCGGGGUGCGCCAGCAGCGCAGUUAUUUCAGGAGGCGCCAGAGUUUGCCGCCCGUCCAGGCGCUCCACUUCCAGAGCUGCCCCUGCGGCUGGUUCUGGGGUGAAAAUGCCGGCCCUUCACAUCGAAGAUCUGCCAGAAAAGGAAAAGCUGAAGAUGGAAGUUGAGCAACUUCGCAAAGAAGUCAAGCUGCAGAGACAACAGGUAUCUAAAUGUUCUGAAGAAAUAAAGAACUAUAUUGAAGAACGUUCUGGAGAAGAUCCUCUGGUGAAAGGAAUUCCAGAAGACAAGAAUCCCUUUAAAGAAAAAGGCAGCUGCAUUAUUUCAUAAAUAACCCUGUGGAGAAACUUCAUCCUCAGUGGAAGGAAUAUUUUGUUGUAUUUUUCUGAAGUAAGACCGAAGUGCCUUUUAAAGAAGGAACAACGAAAGUUAAAGGAGACUUUCUUAAGCAUUCACAUAAAUAUGGUCAUGUCUGAAAGCUUUGUGCCUCUCAUCUUCAUUCACUACACACUUCUUAUAAGAGGGCGCUCAGUCCAGAUGGACAAUUAUGGAAAUAAGGACAUCACUUGUGCUUGACUCACCUUCAGUAUUAUUGCUUGAUGCCUCAAAUAAAGUUUUAUCUCUGGAAACUGA